AAGGAAUACAUCAUCAUCGCUCAAUAAUCAAAAAAUCGGAUCCGGAUAAGUUCGGAUCCAUCAGAUUUUCUUCGCUCCUAACUCCUAAAAAGGGGUUUGAGUUUCCUCAAAUCCUUUUCACUACUUCAGUUUUUGCAUUCACCGUCAAGUAAUGGAGGUGAAGGAUGGUGAAAGAGUGGUAAUAGCAAAACCGGUGGCCUCAAGGCCUUCUUCAAGCCCUAGCUUCAGGACAUUCACUGAGCUUCUCACUGAUUCAGUUACUGUAUCUCCCCAAUCUAAUUGUCACGAGAUUGUAGACGCUGCUAUAAGACCAAAGACUUUGAGGUUCAACCAGCCAAUUACAGCUUCAGUCUCAUGUCCACGGGCUGAAGGAAAAGGUGUUGGAAAUGGAAAGUCUUGUGAUGAUUCAGAUAGCAGAAACUAUGUCGUUUAUAAACCGAAAGCUAAGCUUGUCUCCAAAGCAACUGUCUCUGCAUUGGCUAAUAUGCUCCAGGGGAAUCGGCAACAGACUUGGAGACAAACCGAAACAGUAGCCUAUGGGAAGAGUGUGAGCCAAGGUACACAUCGAGCGGGUUCUAAUCUAGUCCAGAAAGUUCCAUCCUUUACGGAAUCAGAGACAUCUAUUGGUGACAGAUCUUCAGUGGAUGGAUACAACUGGAGGAAAUACGGACAGAAGCAAGUUAAAGGAAGUGAGUGUCCAAGGAGUUACUACAAAUGCACACACCCAAAAUGUCCAGUGAAGAAGAAAGUAGAGAGAUCAGUGGAAGGUCAAGUUUCAGAGAUUGUGUAUCAAGGUGAGCAUAAUCACUCAAAGCCUUCUUGCCCUCUUCCACGGCGUGCUUCAUCAUCAAUCUCUUCAGGGUUUCAAAAACCACCAAAAGGAAUGGCUUCUGAAGGAUCAAUGGGACAAGACUCUAACAAUAAUCUCUAUUCUCCUCUUUGGAACAAUCAAAGCAAUGACUCUACUAAAAACAGAACAGAAAAGAUGAAUGAGGGCUGUGUUAUAACACCAUUCGAGUUUGCUGUUCCAAGAUCAACAAAUUCAAAUGCCGGAACUUCAGAUUCCGGUUGUAGAAGUAGCCAAUGUGAUGAAGGCAGCAUUGGAGCAGAGCUUGAUGAUCCAACCAGAAACAAAAAAAGGAAGAACGAGAAGCAAUCUAGUGAAGCAGGAAUAUCGCAAGGAUCAGUGGAAUCAGACAGUCUUGAAGAUGGAUUCAGGUGGAGAAAGUAUGGACAAAAAGUGGUCGGAGGCAAUGCGUAUCCAAGAAGUUAUUACAGAUGCACAAGUGCUAAUUGCAGAGCAAGGAAACAUGUUGAGAGAGCGAGUGAUGAUCCAAGAGCUUUCAUUACAACCUACGAGGGUAAACAUAAUCAUCAUUUGCUCUUGAGCCCUCCAACUUCCUCUACUCUUCCCUUUAACUCUCCACAACUUUCUAAGUAAACCAUUUGAUUUGAUGAUCCAUUCAUGCUUUUUCUUUUUUCUUUUUCUUUUAUGUUAAGAAAGAGAAAAAAGAAGAAGCAAAUGGUAAAUACAAUCAUCAUUUGCUC